CUUCACCGAGUUAUCUAAUCUCUCUUGCAGGUGUUGGCUUGGUUUGAAGAAGGAGAAGAAACAAUCACAGCCUUUGUAGAACCUUUUGUAAUCUUACUCAUCUUAGUUGCUAAUGCAAUUGUGGGAGUGUGGCAGGAGCGAAAUGCUGAAAACGCCAUUGAAGCUCUUAAGGAAUAUGAACCUGAAAUGGGGAAAGUUUAUCGACAAGACAGAAAAAGCGUACAAAGGAUAAAAGCAAGAGACAUCGUCCCUGGUGAUAUCGUGGAAGUAGCUGGUGAGAACUUUUAUUUACUACAUAAUAAUGGAUUUUCAAAUGCUUUUUUGGGUACGAACAUUGCUGCAGGCAAAGCUAUGGGGGUCGUGGUGGCCACGGGGGUCAACACAGAAAUCGGCAAAAUCCGUGAUGAAAUGGUGGCCACCGAGCAAGACCGGACUCCCCUGCAACAGAAGCUGGAUGAGUUUGGGGAGCAGCUGUCCAAGGUCAUCUCGCUGAUCUGCAUCGCCGUCUGGAUCAUCAACAUUGGCCACUUCAACGACCCCGUUCACGGCGGCUCCUGGAUCCGGGGCGCCAUCUACUACUUCAAAAUCGCCGUGGCCCUUGCAGUGGCCGCCAUUCCAGAGGGCCUGCCCGCCGUCAUUACCACCUGCCUGGCCUUGGGCACCCGCCGCAUGGCCAAGAAGAAUGCCAUCGUCCGGAGCCUUCCCUCGGUGGAGACCCUGGGCUGCACCUCAGUCAUCUGUUCCGACAAGACGGGCACUCUCACCACCAACCAGAUGUCGGUUUGCCGGAUGUUCGUUGUGGACCGUGCGGAAGGGGAUAGCUGCUGUCUGAAUGAAUUCACCGUGUCUGGGUCAACGUACGCUCCCGUCGGAGACAUUUACAGAGAUGAUAAGCCUGUCAAAUGCUGUAUGUACGAUGGCCUCAUUGAAUUGGCCACAAUCUGCGCCCUCUGCAACGACUCCUCUCUGGAUUUCAAUGAAACGAAGGGCGUUUACGAGAAGGUGGGCGAAGCCACGGAGACAGCCCUGACUUGCCUGGUGGAGAAGAUGAACGUCUUCGACACGGACCUGAAAGGCCUGUCCAAGAUCGAGCGGGCCAACGCUUGCAAUUCGGUGAUCAAGCAGCUGAUGAGGAAAGAAUUCACGCUCGAAUUCUCCCGGGAUAGGAAAUCCAUGUCCGUUUACUGCACGCCAAACAAGCCCAGCCGGACAGCCAUGACCAAGAUGUUUGUGAAGGGCGCUCCAGAAGGAGUGAUUGACAGGUGCACCCAUUUCCGAGCAGGCCACAUGAAGAUACCCUUAACCCCGGGGGUUAAGCAGAAGAUCAUGACCGUCAUCCGUGAGUGGGGCACCGGGAAGGACACACUGCGUUGCCUGGCCCUGGCCACCCAUGACAACCCCCCGAGAAAGGAAGAAAUGAACCUGGAAGACUCUGCAGGCUUCAUCACCUAUGAGACAAACCUGACCUUCGUGGGCUGUGUGGGAAUGCUGGACCCGCCCCGCAUUGAGGUGGCCUCCUCCAUAAAGCUGUGCCGGCAAGCGGGCAUCCGUGUGAUCAUGAUAACCGGCGACAACAAGGGGACGGCGGUGGCCAUCUGCCGGCGCAUUGGCAUUUUUGGCGAAGAGGACGACGUCACCUCCAAAGCCUUCACCGGCCGGGAGUUUGAUGAACUUUCGCCAGCCGGCCAGAGAGACGCCUGCAUGAAUGCCCGCUGCUUUGCCCGCGUGGAACCCUCCCACAAGUCCAAAAUUGUGGAGUUUCUCCAGUCCUUUGACGAGAUCACAGCAAUGACAGGAGACGGCGUAAAUGACGCCCCCGCUUUGAAGAAGGCAGAAAUCGGAAUUGCCAUGGGAUCCGGCACGGCCGUGGCGAAGACGGCGUCGGAAAUGGUGCUGGCGGACGAUAACUUCUCCACCAUCGUAGCCGCCGUGGAGGAAGGCCGGGCCAUCUACAACAACAUGAAGCAAUUCAUUCGCUACCUCAUCUCCUCCAACGUUGGAGAAGUGGUCUGCAUCUUCCUGACCGCUGCUCUGGGCUUCCCGGAAGCUUUAAUCCCUGUCCAGCUGUUAUGGGUAAACCUUGUGACUGACGGACUUCCCGCCACCGCCCUGGGCUUCAACCCCCCCGACCUGGAUAUCAUGAGCAAGCCCCCUCGUAACCCUAAGGAGCCCCUCAUCUCCGGGUGGCUCUUUUUCCGCUACUUGGCGAUCGGAUGCUACGUCGGAGCUGCCACAGUGGGUGCUGCUGCUUGGUGGUUCAUAGCUGCGGAUGGGGGCCCGAGAAUCACCUACUACCAGCUGAGUCAUUUCCUGCAGUGCAAAGAGGACAAUCCAGAGUUUGAAGGGGUCGACUGUGUGGUGUUUGAGUCUCCCUACCCUAUGACCAUGGCGCUCUCCGUCUUGGUCACCAUAGAGAUGUGCAACGCCCUCAACAGCCUCUCGGAGAACCAAUCCUUGAUGCGGAUGCCUCCGUGGGAGAACGUCUGGCUCCUGGGAUCCAUUUGCUUGUCCAUGUCUCUUCACUUCCUCAUCCUUUAUGUAGAACCAUUGCCACUGAUUUUCCAGAUCACCCCUCUGAACGUGACCCAGUGGCUGAUGGUGCUCAAGCUCUCCCUGCCGGUGAUCCUGCUGGACGAGACUCUUAAGUUUGUGGCCCGUACUUACCUGGAGCCGGGUAAAGAUAGUGGGCCGCCCACCACCAAACCACGUCCUUUGUCUGCAUGCACCGAAGGGAUUUCCUGGCCGUUCGUGCUCCUCUCCUUGCCGUUGGUGAUUUGGCUUUAUAGCACAGACACUAACUUUAGUGACAUGUUUUUUUCUUGACCUGAAGUCCUGUAGUGAUAGCUUGGCAGUCAGAGAGAUGUUUAACUUAAAAGGAAAGGAAAGGAAAGGAAAACAAAAAAAAUACCAAUUUUUAAAAAUUGUUCCAAGCAAUUUGUCUUAUUCUGCUGAAUUUUCACAUUGAACAUGUUUGCCGGUGACUGAGGUUUCCAUAUCCUAGACUCUGGGUUUUUCCUCUCUUUUUUUUCCCCUUCCUUCCUUCCUUCCUUCCUUUCUUUUUCUUUCCCCUGACCCCCGUGGGGGAGUGGGUGUGUGUGUGUGAGUCCUCUUCUCCCCCACCUACCCCCACUUCUUUUAUACACGAACUAGAGUGUCCAUCGACAUGUACAGAGAAAUUAAACACUAUUUUAUGCAAAUAUUUUUUUGUAGAGGAGACGCAUGUACAGUGUUCUGUUUCAUAGUUCACUCAUCCUUGUAAAAAA